UUAUUUCCUAGGCCAUCAAAGCGGUACUUUUAAAGCAGGUCAGUCUUAAAAAGAUGCGGUCGCCGCCACGGCCGCCACCGGGAGCGUCUCCUUGGCCUGAAACGCUCGCCCCCCUCCUCUGCCCACCUCCCUCUGUCCUCCGGCUGGAGAAGUGAGGGCACUCGAAUGGUGGGCUGUCAGGGGACUCACACUCCGCCAACGGGAUCGCAUCGCCUUCGUGUUCUGCCUGAGAUUUCCCAACGCCAAGUGCAAUGUGGUGUGUACAGCCAUACUGUUGUAUCUGUGUCCUCACCCCCACCCCCCACCCCGCCACCUGACCAAUGCUGGGAUCUGAGAUCUAGUCGCCCCCUUCCUGCCUCUUUUCCGUCUCUCCCCACCCUGUCUUCUCUCAUCUCCACGCCACCCACCCCCACUCCCACCCAUCCAAAGGGCAAAGAGCAAAGACACUCGGAAAAGGCAAGGGCUAGCUGUAUCUCCGCUAGGAGACCGAGGCCGCAGGCAGGGAUUGCGCUGUGAGAGACAAUCUUUCAGCGAGAUACAGAGCAAGAGAGAAAUCCAGAAAGGAACCGGUGCUCUCGGGAACCGGGGAGCUCGCCACUGAAGGAAGAGCACCAAGAUUUUCGACCAGGCGAUCCCGGUCCUGGGACGCUCACACAGCCUGCCUGCCAUCUGGGGCAAGGACCGAGAGCUAUGGUCCUGAGUCCACGGUCGCCAGCAUCACCGCGCUAGGUGCGCGCCCCGCUCUCCCAUCACUAUGCAGCGACCAUUUCCCUCUAAAUCUCAAAGGUGGACCACUCUAAAAGGAUUACAAGCGUGAUUUGGUAGCCUUUCCGAAAGUUGGUGGCCGGAAAAGGGGAAGAUCCUGGGCGACAGAAUGACGGAUACAAUGCAGCCUCGCGGAGAGUUUGCCCCUCCCGCUGGGAAGCCCCUCGGAGCGAACCUCGGAGAUCCUGAGCGCUCUGCACCAUAGGUACUCGUCGCCAUCAGUUCCUACUUUGCCUGAUUGAAAUCAGUCUGUCUCUUAUGUAGGAUGUGUGCUGUAGAACGCGUAGACUUUGGCCGCUAGAUCUUUCAUACCCUCACAGUUUUACAAUCAACCAGGAAUGAUGAAGCCGUCCAUAGCUGAGAUGCUUCACAGAGGGAGGAUGCUGUGGAUAAUUCUUCUAAGCACAAUCGCUCUAGGAUGGACUACCCCAAUCCCCCUGAUUGAGGACUCAGAGGAAAUAGAUGAGCCCUGUUUUGAUCCAUGCUACUGCGAAGUUAAAGAAAGCCUUUUCCACAUACAUUGUGACAGCAAAGGAUUUACAAACAUUAGUCAGAUUACUGAGUUCUGGUCAAGACCUUUUAAACUGUAUCUUCAGAGGAAUUCAAUGAGAAAAUUGUACACCAAUAGUUUUCUUCAUUUAAAUAAUGCUGUGUCCAUUAACCUUGGGAACAAUGCAUUACAGGACAUUCAAACUGGCGCUUUCAAUGGUCUUAAGAUCUUAAAGAGACUAUAUCUCCAUGAGAAUAAACUAGAUGUCUUCAGAAAUGACACCUUCCUUGGCUUAGAAAGUCUGGAAUACCUGCAGGCAGAUUACAAUGUCAUUAAACGUAUAGAGAGUGGGGCAUUUCGGAACCUAAGUAAAUUGAGGGUUCUAAUCUUAAAUGAUAAUCUCAUUCCUGUACUUCCAACCAAUUUAUUUAAGGCUGUUUCUUUAACCCAUCUGGACCUCCGUGGAAACAGGUUAAAGGUUCUCUUCUACCGUGGAAUGCUAGAUCACAUUGGCAGAAGCCUAAUGGAGCUCCAGCUGGAAGAGAACCCUUGGAACUGCACCUGUGAGAUUGUGCAGCUGAAGAGUUGGCUGGAGCGAAUUCCUUACACAGCGCUGGUGGGGGACAUCACCUGUGAGACACCUUUCCAUUUCCAUGGGAAGGAUCUCCGUGAAAUCAAGAAGACAGAACUCUGUCCAUUGUUGUCUGAUUCUGAGGUGGAGGCCAGUUUGGGGAUUCCCCACUUACCAUCAAGCAAGGAGAAUGCCUGGCCAACUAAACCUUCCUCAAUGUUGUCCUCUGUCCAUUUUACAGCUUCUUCUGUUGAAUAUAAGUCCUCCAAUAAGCAGCCAAAACCCACCAAACAGCCCCGAACACCCAGACCACCAUCUACAUCCCAGGCUCUAUACCCUGGUCCAAAUCAACCUCCCAUUGCCCCCUAUCAGACCAGACCACCUAUUCCUAUUAUAUGUCCUACUGGGUGUACAUGUAAUUUGCAUAUCAAUGACCUUGGCUUGACUGUCAACUGCAAAGAACGAGGAUUUAACAACAUCUCCGAACUUCUUCCAAGACCCUUGAAUGCUAAGAAGCUCUACCUGAGCAGCAAUCUGAUUCAGAAGAUAUACCGCUCUGAUUUUUGGAAUUUUUCUUCUUUGGAUCUCUUGCACCUGGGGAACAAUCGCAUUUCUUAUGUUCAGGAUGGAGCUUUCAUCAACCUGCCCAACCUGAAGAGUCUCUUUCUCAAUGGCAAUGAUAUAGAAAGGCUGACACCAGGUAUGUUCCGAGGUUUACAGAGUUUGCAUUACUUGUACUUCGAAUUCAAUGUCAUCCGGGAAAUCCAGCCUGCAGCCUUCAGCCUCAUGCCCAACUUGAAGCUGUUAUUUCUCAACAAUAACUUGCUGAGGACCCUGCCAACUGAUGCCUUUGCAGGUACAUCCCUGGCUCGGCUCAACUUGAGGAAGAACUACUUCCUCUACCUGCCAGUAGCUGGUGUCCUUGAACACUUGAAUGCCAUCGUGCAGAUAGAUCUCAAUGAGAAUCCUUGGGACUGCACUUGUGACCUGGUUCCCUUUAAACAGUGGAUCGAAACCAUCAGCACAGUCAGCGUGGUAGGUGAUGUACUCUGUAGGACCCCCGAGAACCUCACCCACCGUGAUGUGCGCACUAUUGAGCUGGAAGUUUUAUGCCCAGAGAUGCUGCAUGUUGCACCACCUGGACCAUCCCCACCGCAGUCUGGAGAUUAUGACCCCAAUGGAGGACCAACAAGUGCAUCACCAUAUGAGUUCUCUCCUCCCGGGGGCCCUGUGCCACUUUCUGUGUUGAUUCUCAGCCUGCUGGUUCUGUUCUUCUCAGCUGUCUUUGUUGCAGCAGGCCUCUUUGCCUAUGUGCUCCGUCGGCGGAGGAAGAAGCUGCCCUUUAGAAGCAAGCGGCAGGAAGGCGUGGACCUUACAGGAAUCCAGAUGCAAUGUCACCGGCUGUUUGAGGACAGUGGGGGCAGUGGUGGUGGGAGUGGAGGUGGUGGUCGACCAACUCUGUCCUCUCCAGAGAAAGCCCCUCCCGUGGGUCACGUGUAUGAGUACAUCCCGCACCCAGUUACCCAGAUGUGUAACAACCCCAUCUACAAGCCUCGAGAGGAGGAAGAAGUGGCCGCCUCAGCAGCCCAGGAACCAGGAGCUGCAGAACGUGGGUGCCCUGGGACACAGCCACCAGGAAUGGGUGAGGUGCUCUUAGGAAGUGAGCAGUUUGCAGAAACACCCAAGGAGAACCACAGCAACUACCGGACCUUGCUGGAAAAAGAGAAGGAGUGGGCCCUGGCGGUUUCCAACUCCCAACUUAACACCAUAGUGACGGUGAACCAUCACCACCCUCACCCUCACCACUCGUCGGUUGGUGGGGUUUCAGGGGUAGGUGGAGGGACUGGGGGAGACUUGGCUGGGUUCCGCCACCACGAGAAGAAUGGUGGGGUGGUGCUGUUUCCCCCUGGGGGAGGUUGUGGUGGUGGCAGUAUGCUGCUAGACCGUGAGAGGCCACAGCCUCCUCCAUGCACAGUGGGAUUUGUGGACUGUCUCUACGGCACAGUGCCCAAAUUAAAGGAACUCCAUGUCCACCCCCCUGGCAUGCAAUAUCCAGACUUACAGCAGGACGCCAGGCUCAAAGAAACCCUUCUCUUCGCAUCUGGAAAGGGCUUCACAGACCACCAAACCCCCAAAAGUGAUUACCUCGACUUAAGGGCCAAACUUCAAACUAAGCCGGAUUACCUCGAAGUUCUGGAGAAGACAGCAUACAGGUUCUAACAGAAAAGAAGAGAAUAAAUUAGUGGCUUUGUUUUGAUUUUCAAAAGAAAAGGAAAAUAAAAAGAAAUAUAUCCCCGGCUCCCAUUAUACUUGUCCCAAUAACUCCAUCCUCACAGUUCCCCCCUUGCCCAGGACAGAACUGAAACGCAUGAUAACUAGAGAAUACAGAAGUGGGCUCUCCCCUCUCAGAUGUGACUCUGAGGAAGGGCCGUACUCAGAUCAUUAAUCAAUGAAGUGCCUUCGCAGACUUUUGCCAGCAAAUGUUAUCAUUAUUUUUUAUACUGAAACUCGAGACUUUGACUGUGCCAUGUGUGAGGUAUAUCGGGGAUCGUUGUAUUGAUCCUAAUUGAGUAAAAUUCAAUGUGUCUUUUUAUUUUCAGUAACUUUUAUUCCCUUUAGUUGCAGUUUUGUUCGAAAGGGAGCGGGGAGGUUGACAUUUAUGGCUUUCUCUCCUUUUCCCAUCAUGGCACAGAUUCUGUACAUGUAUUAACAAUGCAGUUUGCUGCAUGCUUGAAAACUGCAGGAUGGGGAGGGAGGGGCGGGUCUUGCUCGAAUGUUCUCACACUGUUGUCUCUCACACACAUAUUCAUGUGCACACAGCAAGCCUCUACAUACACUUAGGUCCCUCAGUCUGAACUGGGUGCAGUACACACACACACACACACACACACACACACACACACACACACACACCUUCCACACAACUUAAUCUGCUUAGUUCGGGUUUGAUCCAUUUUUUCCUCUCCAUAGCUCCACGUGCCCUUCACUCCUAGUGUACAGCUCACAGCAUCUCUCCUACCACCCUGGGAAAAGUCACAUUUGAGGCUGGAUCCUACUGCAGUGAAGGCUUGUUGGUUUAAAAGCUGGAGACACACCUAGGGAUGAGCACCCUCCUUGUGACAUUUCAUCCUGAUGCCAAGAUUUUUUGAGAACAUCUGCACUUUCUUAUAUAUAUAUAUAUAUAUGAUAUUAAAAAUAAAGAAGCAACUGGGUAUAUAUCACUAACAGCUUUGUAGGAAGCACUUUUAAUGUUUUCUCUCUCACACACAAAGAUUCAAAAGAAAUGUGCAUAUAUUUAUUCUGUAAUUUCAGUGAUUAUAAAUUGUAAAGGUAAUGUUUAAUCAUUGUAUAGUGAUUAUGCGUCUGGUAUAGCUUUCCUAAUAAAAAGUUUUUGAAAAACAUAAUACAUUAUAUAUAGAAGAUACAAAGCUUGAAUUUAAGCCAGCUGUACCACGCCUUUCGUACUUCCAUUUAAAGAUAUUUAUUUUACUUGAUAUACAGAAAGCGAAUUGAUUAACAAGUCUGCUGCACUGUGAUAUUGAUAAAGCUUACUACACAGUAUUCAUAUCCCAUAUCAGGAUUAAAUUGGGGCUUGGAUAUGCUAAUCUAUAGUUCAGUUUUUUUCAUGGGUUAUACAUUUCCAAUUCAGUUUCCCAACGAGGCACUGUUCCAUAGGUGGAGUGUGACCAGGAGAAAAUAAAGUGACUGGAGUGAGGAAGUAUAGGGUUGUUCUGGGUAAGAUCACUGAGCAUCUGUGUGUUUCAAAACAGGAGAUGACUUGAAGGAACAGAGAAACGAAAUAGCUCUCCUUUAAAUAAAAAAGGAACACUAAAAUUAGAUCCAUGAGCAGCUUAGGUAGCAUCACACUCUCCAUGCACAUGCACAGUCCCAGAAAAGCUGAGGAUAAAUGGGACUGUAGAAUAUCUGUUCAUCUGUGAAAGUUGUCAUUUUUAUGUUUGGACGUUGUUUUCCCACUCACUCACAGCAAAUGGACCCAGAAAUGCUUGAAUGAAGAUGUAUGAUACUGAUUAAGUUUUAUUUUUCUGUAUGGAAUUUUAGAAAAUGUUUCAAAGUUAAUUUGAAGAUACUUUGAAUUAUGAUCCAUGUACACGUGAGCAAAACCAAAGAAAAUAGAAAUGUAGGAUGCAAGACAGCAGCGAUAGAGGCACUUACCGAGACGGGCCAGUAGAGGGCAGCAGAACUCCAGCGAUCUCCAGACGCAUCCACUACUGAAUUGUAAAGUGAAGCUAGAGUUUCUUCAAGCUGCCCUUAGAAAUGAUCAUUACAUGCUGAAUGUAAUUUACCACAAGUCGCUGAAGCCUUACAUUACAUCAUUUCCCCCCGACACACACACACACACACACACACACACACACACACACACACACACACACACACUCACACACAGGAUAAAACCACAAGUUUCUAAAGCUGUAUGGUGUAUACAUAAAGGCAUUGUAUUAAAUGAUGGAGAAAAGGUAAAUGUCUAGAACAUGUUUAUAUAACCAUUAAAACUACAUACAAUGAUCAGUGUAGACAUGCAUACAGAUAAAAUACGCAAAUACUUAGAUAUUAAAAAAAAUACACUUUCAGGGCUUCUUUGCAUCUGAUAUGUGGCAUCUGUAACUUUUGUCCUCAACUAUUCAGUCUAUUUUGGAGUUAUUUCAGAAAGUCCAUAAAACUAAUUACAGUCUCUUUAUGUAAAAUACCAGAAUGAAGCUCUCCUUACUCAGGAGAGUUGGGCCCCUUAUAAAAAGAGAUGACGUUUUUUGCUAACUGUCCUACAAGUCACCUUUGUUGGAUAUUUCAUCUUCUAUAUUCUUUCUGAUCAUCAUCUUUCCCUAUUUACUGUUGUUUGUUGUUCUUGUUUUUUGGGGGAGGAUAAAAUAACAAUACUGUGCCCACCGGCUUCGCAACCUGAUUUAGGGGAAAAAAAAUCUGCAGUGACUGUUAACACUGUAGUAAACUACGGUUACUAGUAACCCUCUGGUUCUUCCUAAUCAAUCAUUUUGGUGAACAGAAGAAGUAGGAGCAAAAAAACCUAGAGCCUACGAAUACUAAUAGCAUCUUCCUAGAAAACCAUGCAUUCUCUCAGCAUAGUAUAUUAAACAUAUCAGGUUAAAUGUCAUCCCUAAGGACCCUGGUGCUUUUGACAUUUGGAAAACAGGUCUCCGCAAACCUUAUUGAAUUAAAACAUAACUUGAUAAAUGUAAUAUUUAUAUUUUAUUUAUCAAAUAUUAAAAUAAGACUGUCUUAUCUUAAAUUUCACCCAAAAAUGAAGAAUAAAUUCAUCUAUAUAGUGAGAACAAAUUUAUAUAAGAAUGAAAUUUUGUAUUAAGGAGGGCAAUAUUUUACUUUCAUGGAGUUUUCUACCCCCGACUCAGACACUUAUUUUAAUUUUGCAUUAAAACUAAGUUAAACUUUAGUUUGUAACAAUAGAUAUUAUUUCCAUUAAAUUCCCUGGAUAUUGAUAUAAGGAUGGAUUAACAACUGUUUUAUGUUUCUUACUGAAGUAAAUUACUUUUUUUUUUUUUUACUAAGUAUCUAAUUCCCUCAAAGCAAUGUUCUGCUACUGAGAACGACCAAGGAUCUGACAGUUUCGCUUUUAUUAUUACUAUUUUAUUGGUAAUUA